UCGAAUCGCUCUGGAAGUCGAGCACAAUCACAAUGUUCUAAUGUCAUUACGAUCUGUACGUGCAGUGAUCAGUGUAGAUCCUUAAUUUUUUCUCUGCAUCGAGGCUAUACAACUAAAGUGAAGCUCCUCUGCUUUUGUCCUUUUGCAAAAAUGGGUUCUGCAAAUAAUGCACACAAGGUGCUCGACGAAAUUCCCCUGAAGCAACUCUUACUAUGUUGCAGUUCGCUUCUCGAAGCUUUUGAAGAAAGGGGCUUGAACUUGGAUCUGAUUAUGUGUGUUCUGAUGACGAUGAUGAUGCUUUUUCUUGAUUUUCAAAGAGAUCGUUAUAAAGGGAACAACUUUUUUCCGCGAGAUUGGGGAUCAGAAACAAAGAGAGAGAUUUGGGAUUUCUUGCGGCUCAAGUAUACAGUUGUAGCUUUCCCGCUAGUCGUCCUUGUCACGUGACUAAACCCAACCGCCUUUUGAAGCAAGGUCUUGCGCUCUUUGAUUUUCUCCCUCGUCUUCUUUUCUUGAACCCCCCAUUUUUCUCCGCACCCAGAAAGGUCUCAAGAAACCCACCAUUUUCCUGAGAAAAAUUUUACGACUUUAUCAGAAGAGGGGAAUUGGUUUUUUCUUCUCCAGUCGACAGGAUAAUUGUCUACCUCUGUUCGAAUUCCGAAGAAACCCAGGAAAAUGGAUGGAAUCCGGAAUAAGAAAGAAUGUUCCUCUUCUACCAUCGUUCUGAGUCCCGCUAUUGAUCAAUCAACGAUGGAAAAGGAAAUCGAUGAGGCUCUUAAGCGUGCCAAAGCUUUACUAUUCUCUGAGAAUCCAAACCCCAUUGAGGCCUUGGAGAUAAUCGAGUCAAUGAAUUGGGUUUACGGGAAGUAUGACUGCUCUGAGCGGCUACAUUUUUUACAAGGUUACAUCUUCCGUCGACUAGCUAAAGCCAUAGAGAACAAGGACGUGAGAUGCACGUACUUGUUGGGUUCUAUAGGGUCAUACCGAAAGUCCAGUCAUCUAUCUCCGGACUCUUUGCCAACCCUUCGUGCCUAUGCAGAUUCGCUUCUCAACUUGGCUGAUGUUCUUGCAUCAGACACGUAUUACGAGAAGGCUGUGCUCAAAGCAAAACAGGGACUAGCCUUACUGAAAUCGAAAGAGAUGCUUGUAUGUCAUGAAGAUACUCGGGGAAGAACGAAAACCCAAGAACACGUAAAAAAGGUGAAGGAAAAACUUGAGAAUUUGAUCAAACUUGUAGAAGUAAAGAUGAGCCGCCGCAAAUUGAAAGUUUUGUAUAUUGCAGCUAAUGGCGCUAAGCAUAAGCUGAGUUCUAGGUUACCUAGAAAGGCACGGCAUCACGCAGAAUGUAGGAGUGAUUCCUCUAUAGCUGAGCGAUUCAGGACCUUUUGGGCUAGAAUGGAUGUUAAAGGAAAAAGAAAGUUUUUUAUAGUGAAAAUCAAGGACCUUGAAGACUAUGUUGAGGAAAAAUAUGGCAGCCCGGGAAGACAAGCGCUGGAGAGAGGUGAAGAGUUUGCUAAGACAAGAAAAAAAUGGAAACUCUGGAAGUGUGGCGCUUGCUCGCAGGAAUUCUAUCGCUCUGCAGAAUGCAAGAAGCAUAUUGAACUUAAACAUAUGGAAAAUAGACCUUCAAAGGAUCUUAUUCCUCAGCGCGCAAGUGAAAGAUGGGGUGAGAUGAUAGAUUUUGGGGAUUGGGAACCAGUGGAUAUAAAGGCAGCAAUAGGAGUUAUGAAAGAUCGAUUUCCACUUGAGAAACAGAUUACUUACGACAAAGGAUGGUCCAAAGAAUGGCCUCUUGCUGGGGAGGAUAAAGCUCGCAGUGACAUCCUCAAGGAGUUCCAUAAGAUCCUGAAAUAUCUUUUUGACCAAAAGAUCCUUUCUUAUAGAUUCUUGGGCUGGUUGAUAGAGUCUACUCAUGAAAAACUUGUAGUAUAUGGAAUUCCACAAAAUUAUCUAGUUUACUUUGACUUGGUUAAUACGGUUCAGUGCCUCUGCUUCUUAGAACUUUGUGAGCUUGAACAUAUCAAAUGUUCCUUGGUAAGCAUGAGAGAAAAUGUCAACUGGGAUUUCAUUUAUAGAGCAGUGGAUGGUUUCUGCUCAAAAUAUCUAGAAAAGGAAAGAAUCUACUCUGAUAACCAAUUUUCUUGUCUGCUUCUGGAUAAGAGACUGCUGAGAGGCAAUAUAGAUUCCUUUGAUGAGGAUGGAAUAGUAGAGGUUUGUUCUUCUGUUAAACAUUACACUGGGGUAACACCUCAGGGUGAUGAGAUCAUAUCCUGGCUAUUCGACUGUCCAUUGAUUGAUCGUCAAUUUUUGGAUCAGAGACCUAUAACAGGCAAUCUUUGUAUAUGGUUGGCAGUUUUUAGAAUUAUUGAAUACAGUUGUUGGAAACUGAAAACCAAAUGUGAAAGGAAAGUGCGCAUACAAGCAUAUUCUGAAGCGUUGGUAAAGGUGGAGGAAUUAUGUGACAGCGAGGAAGGAAACAGAGAAAAUGAUCCAGAAGGAGAGUGGAAGACUUAUGCAUCCAUUCUUCUAGAGAAAAGUCAGAAGCGUGUAAUGAAUAAUGAGGGAAGGUCCAGCGAUACCAUAUGUUUCCUGUCUGUUGUAAGAGAUGUUCUUGAAGGAGCCAAAUCCCCAAGAUUCGAUGACUUACAAAUGGAAAGAUAUUGGGAUUGUUUAUCGGGACCCUCUAAUGUUGAUGAUAAUUCUAUAGUUGAAAAUUUGGCCGCUCUAAAGAUAUCGGCUAAUGAAAAGUUGCAUUUGACCGAUUCGAAGAUUUUGCUGCAUGACCAUUUAAGGGACCUGCUACUGGAUGGCCUCACAAAUCUAUCCAUGUUUGACCACCGUUCAGUUAUCCUACCAUUGAUUAAAUGGUUUUUACGGGAAACGUUAGAAAGAAAGAUAGAUGAGGAUGCCAAAGAGAAGUCAGAGGCCGCAAGAACUGCUCUUUUACUAGCCAUCGAAAAAGAAGAGCACAAAAAAUGUCGGAGGACAAAGAAAACUUCCCGAAGAAAGGAAGGGGAAAACAAGGUUUGCAAUGUGGAAAAUGCUCCAACUUGUUCCCUUUUUGUUUUUUUAUCUGUUUCUGUAAUUGUGUUAGAGAAUGUCUUGAUGAUACUUCAGGAAGCUUCUGCUGAGCCCUGUUCGGUUGACCAGAAAACACAAGUUGAUCCUUCUGUAAGGAAUGAGUGUGACCCAUCAGAUGAAUCUGGACACGUUCCUUGGCUGUUGAAAACUGAGGAAGACCAUCAACUUGAACUAGUGAUUGACAAAGAUAAUGUGGAUGUGAGCGUAAGGGAAGAUCCAUAUCCUGAAGAUGAACCUUCAAGCUCAUGUGAGCAGUUGAAAAAUUCAUCUAACCCCGAUAUUCAAGAGGAAAUUUCUGGAAAUGGUUCAGUUGACCAGAAAACAGAAGUGCAUGAGUAUGACACAUCAGAUGGAUGUGGAGACGUUCCUGAGCUUAUGAAAGCAGAAGAAGAGGAACAACUUGUACAUGUGGAUGAUAAAGACAAUGCAAACAUCAUGGAAGUUCCAUGUCUUGAAGAUGAACCUUCAACCGAGCAGUUGAAAAAUUCAUCUAACCCCAAUAUUCAGAAGGGAAUAUCUGGAAAUGGUUCAGUUGACCAGAAAACAGAAGUUGAUCCUUCUGUUAGACAUGAGUAUGAUCCAUCAAAUGAAUCUGGAAAUAUUCCUGAGCUGAAGAAAACAGAGGAAGAUGAACAGCUAGAACAUGUGGAUGGCAAAGACAACGUGAACAUCAGGGGAGAUCCAUGUCCCGAAAGCAAACCUUCAAGCACAAGUGAGCAAUUGAAAAAUCCACCCAACCCUGAUUUUCAGAUGGAAACUGUUACAACGGAGUCUGUAUAUUGGAAUCCAGCAGGACCACCAAUCGUGCAUCAAAGUGCACUGCUGCAACAUCAUAUCCAGCUUGAUGAAACGGCCUCAUUCACUCAACUUAUUUCUGCAACUGUAGAAGAUGAUAUCGCAUAUGAUUCAGCUCUGGAUAUGAUACUGAAGUCUCUCUGGCACAUUAGCUUUUUCAAGAAGGAGUUUCCCCUUUGCCAACCACCAGGUCCUAAGCACACAAAGAAGUCCGACCGACGUGUUUUCUGUGCAUUACAUAAUGUGCUUUCUCUAUUUGAGGAAAAACCGAUAGACGAUGUCACCAAUGAGAUGUUAUAUCAUUUUCUUCUAGGUGACUUGCGCAUUUUCCUAAAGGUCACUCAUCCUAUGGAAAAUAGUGUUGCUGAGCUGUUAGGAGCAAUUUUUGAGUUUCUGCAUUCCUGGGAAAGUCCAUAUGGAGAAAGCCUUGUGGAGUCUCUUUUUGGACUUGAAGAAUUUAAGAGAAUGAACUGCACUAGAUGCCAACGGGAGCGGAAUUAUCCAGAGUUAUGUUGCUAUGGCCUUGUUAUAAGUGCCGAUGUUCUCAGAGGAAUCAAGUCUGAAUUUGGUAAUGUUACGUUUGAGAAUGCGCUUGAGGUUAUCCGGGUGAAUCGAAUGAUGCUUUGUGACCCUGUAAGAGGAGGGUGUGGACAUCGAAAUCAUGUUCAUCAGUUUCUAACAAGAUUCCCAUUUGUCUUCACAAUUGUACUUGAAUGGAAGAACAAUGAAUCUGAAGAAGAGAUAUCGAACACAGCAACUGUUUUGGACACAGAAAUAGAUAUCAGUGUGCUAUUCGAAGAUGUAAAUCCAUUGAUCAAAUACCGUCUCGUAUCAAUGGUUAGUCUGGGCAAGGAGGAACAUAAUUGUAUAGCUUAUGAAAAUGAGAGAUGGGUUAUAUAUGCUCGUUCUGCAAAAGAGGACAUUGGUGACUGGGAGAGUGUUCUUAAGCUUUGCAGCAAACGGAAGGUUCGGCCUCAGAUUCUGUUUUUUGAAGCUAUUUGGUGGACUGAGAAGUUAUAGGUCAAUGUCUGCAUAUCGUAAAAUCUGCUUAAUAAAAAGCCCAAAUAGUUUAUAAAAGAGUUGUGAAUUCUUCAAACCAGAGGUAACUGCUGUGUAGAUUCUUUGUUCUUUUGUAUGAAACCUGAAUGUAUGUUUCAAAACAAUAUAUAUUGUUAGAUUCAUUGGGUCA